AGUUUACACAGCAAGCUUCUACAGACGACAGAAACUCCGUACCGGACAAAACGCCAUGAAUCAAUACGCCUAUUGACAGCUGUCGACCAAUACCAGACUCAAACGAAAACUGAACCUGGCCAAAAUGGCCAAGGCCAGUGCUUCGUGUCCUGCUAUCAAUGAAAUGCACCUGGAAAGCACCAGCGACUUGUGUUCCACUGACACUGCUUCACCCCAGUCGGAUAACGAGUGCGAGUCAGAUGAUGGUGUUCUGUCUGGUGUUAGUCGCAAGGAGAGAAUAUUAGCACUAAAGUCUACUCGUAGAGAUCGCAAGCGAGAGAAAGACCAGCAGAAGAAACUCCAAUCCAAUAACAUAUCGAUGGAUGACUUUUUAAGCAAGCAGAUGGAAUUCAAAAUGUGGCUCAAGGAAGAGAAAAAUAAACAGGCCAAGGAUCUUAAUUCUCCAAAGCUAAAGACUUACUUUAAAACAUUUGUCAAACACUGGAACAGGAAGAAACUCAAUCAGAAAUACUACAGAGGCACAGAAUUGGCUGACACACCACAACCAUCAGCUGUUCGCCAGCGGUUCAUCUUCACCGAUGAUUCUUGUUACAACACGGCAGUGUUUCCACGCACUAUUAAUCUCAGCAUGGAGGGACCCGACAGCAUGAGCUCACCAUUUUCUACAUUUGGAAAAUCCCCCCUAGGUCUACCCAUUACAAGUGGAAUGUCACAGAGAACACCUGUCAGCCGUGGGAAGGUUCUAUCAGUUCCUAAAGAUGACACUGACAAAGAGAAUCGUCUAGAAGACAUUGAGGAUGACACAGAAAGUGCAGUUAAUAAUAAGAAAACUGUUUCUGCCAAUUCUGACAUCACAUCACCGAGAACCGAUUCCAGUCUGUAUCAAGUAAGUGUUCUGUCAUGGACUUCCAAGGGAGAGCUGACUACCGACAGUAAGAGUCCUGUUCCCAAACCACGACGGUCAAAACCUGUUCCACCCUUACACUGCCCGAGUCUAUCUGAGCCACAGACCCUUCACAGAGAAGAGUAUGUGGCAUAUCAAGAAAUUCAGGAAUUUUCAGGUUUUUCCACAGGGAUCAGUAAACAACCGAUGCCAGUGAAUUAUACUGACCCCGGCUACAUUGACCCUGACUGCUGUGCUAGAGAUGAUACAAAAUCCAUCACAUCUGACUCAAAGUUGGGUGAACAAAACAUAAAAAUACCACAUUCUCCACCAGCAAUUUAUGCAGUGCCAGUAAAGAAGAAGAAAAUGGCUGUUACUACUGGAACAGGGAAUAGCUACAUGGGCAUAGAUGUAUCUGCUACACCACCACCUGUUCCUCCAAAGCGCAAGUCUCCCUUGGAAUGCUGGCCAUAUGCUAAUAGCUUGAUGGGCACCAAUAUUCCAGCUCCAUGCUUCUCCAUGAACAAAGCGAUCCAAAUGGAGCAAUCUAGAGAUGGUGAACUGCACAGUCUUAAAAAUAAUAUCCAAUCCUCUUACAACAAAAAUAAUGAUCAACCCUUGAAUAAUUAUAGUGUCAAGCCAGACCAUUCUGAUGUAAGGAGUGCAGAGAGUAUCAUGAACAACAGGCAGUGCGAUUCACAAACUGUAUCUUUAAAGAGCUGCCUGACCAGACCGGCACAUGUCAGCUUGGUGUCAGAAAGAACAGAAACUCCACCACCACAACUUGUCCCCAUUGCCGACAGUCUGUGUCCGAGUUCUUCUAGCAUUACACCUGCAGAUCGUAACCAUUCCAAAUUUGACAAGCAUCCCCUAUCACUCGAUAGCUGUACUGCAUUACGGUACGAGACAACAUUCUCGGCCUCCGACAUGGAAUCACCAAUAAAAACACCCUGUUCAGUCACACAGCCAAGUGUUUCAUUGACUAAGAGUUCAGAAUCCAAUCCCAGUCAUCAUCAACAUGCUACACUGUCCAUUACAGACCAUGUUUUUGAACACACAAACAUUAAUAAUGAAAGAGACGACUACAAUAGACAUCAGAACCAAACAGGUGGAAAUAAUGCCCAUUCUUAUGAAAAAAUGUCUAUAGCUACAUCUUCUGUAUCCAGCAAUUACCAUAUGUCAUCACUGACAAAAGCUGAAUGUGAUGCAAGUGAGAAACUUUCAACUGAAGUGCAGGACACUGAGAACCGUGAUGAUGUAAAAUCGCCUGUGUCAUCACAGCGGGAGAGCGAGAUGUACGAGACCGAUAUCGAUGACCUAGAUGAUGAUGGUGAUGACUGCAACGACCAUGGUUGUGGGGAUUCUAACAUGGAUCACGGCUUCAUCGAGACGGACCUGGACAAGAUAUUGGAGAAAGUCACCGAGCAGAACACAGCCUCCACUCACUGGCUGGUGAACACCGACAAAGAAACCACCGUCUGAUGGUCUAAUUACAAACCACCCUCCGAUGGUCAAAUUACAAAUAACUGGCUUAAAAAACCAGAAACUAAUAACUGGUGCAGUACAAUAGCACCUCACCAGUUACCCUGCUGGACCAACAGAAACUGUCCUUCAAGAAAGAAUGCAACUGGUGUGGUUAACUAUAUUUGGGACGUCUAUCACAAAUGCUGAAUCUGUAUAUGUUGUAAAUCUACAGUAGUUAAAUACUCAAUAAAAUUAGAUUUUUUCAUAUG